GUAUGUGUGUUGGUGCGCGCUCCAGUAGCAAGCAUCCGCCUUGCCAACCGUCUCACCAACACAGACGCAGGCGCAGACGCGGCGUCUUCGUACGGUAGGGCGAAUACACUCUACACACACACUCACACACGUACACACACACGUAUAUACACACGCACACAUACACAGCAGCAUCUUCGGCGGGGCAAGGGCAGGGCAGGGCCGGGCCGGGCCGGGCGGCAUCAUCAUGGUUUUCCAGCGAGAGCCGCCCGAGCAUCGCGCAAAAGGGCAGACGGGCAGCAUUAACGAAACAGAAGUGGUCGCGGAUGGAGGUCUCGUUCGAUCGUCUGCAGCAGCCAGGUAGCAACAUAGCACAGGAAUCGAAUCAGCAUCAGCAGCAGCAGUGCGAGCGCAACCCGAAUCAAUCGCAAGCGAACACGCCCGUGAAUUGCAUUUUGCUGUCCGCUCGGUAGUUUGUGUGCGCGUAGUGUGUAGUGUGCGGCGAUUGCGAAUAUUUGUUACAUCUUCGUUUGAGUUUUGUAUUUUCUUUGGCUCCGGUCCUUUCAACCGUGCACGGAAACGGGCGCUCUAUCUAUUUUAUUUUUUUCAUUUCGGUUCGGUUUUAUUUAAAAAAUUAAACCUCCUCCCGGUGCAUCGCGCUGCAAUCGGUGCAUUAUCGGUGCGUGCGUACGCGCCCGUGUGUAUGUGUGUAAGUGUGUGUACACUUUCGGGUAUAUUAUCUCGCGCUCUGUGGCCCGCCGACGCCGGUGACCGCCAACUUCUGUGCCGUUUUUGGCCGGGACUGCAAGGACAAAGUGACAGUGACGGAAGCGAACGGAACGGAAAGAAUUAGCGGCCCUACUAGUGCGUGUGUUUCCUUGUGUUUGUGUGUAUAUGUGUGUGUGUGUAAGGUACGCACAACUGUAAGCGGCCCGAGCCAGCAAUCAGCAGCAAUCAAGCAGUAGCAACCCAAAGCAACAGCAACAACAACAACAAAAUACAAGACAUCCCGAAGCGGCCGGCAAACGCUCAAGCUCAAGGCGAAAAGUCACCAUUUUAACACACACACACACACCUUCCGGAUACCUUCUAGCAAAGCAAAGGCUAAACCAGUGCGCGGUCACGAUGGCGUGGCGGUUCAAGGCGUCCAAGUACAAGAAUGCGGCCCCGAUCGUGCCGAAGCCGGAGGCGUGCAUACGGGACAUCUUCGUCGGGUCAUAUCAAACGUACGGCAAUAACAUUGCCGCGUCGGCCGCCUUCAUCGCGUUCAACUGGGAGCAUGCCGGGUCGAGCCUGGCCGUGCUGCCGAUCGACGACUGCGGGCGCAAGAGCAAGACGAUGCCGCUGCUGCACGCCCACUCGGACACGGUGACAUAUCUCGACUUUUCGCCGUUUCACGACGGGCUGCUCGCGACCGGCUCACAGGACUGCCUGGUGAAGGUGUGGCACAUCCCGGAGAAGGGUCUGGAGCAGUCGCUCUCGACGCCCGAGUGCACGUUCACGACCAAGCAGCGGCGCGUCGAAACGGUCGGCUUCCAUCCGACUGCCGACUGUCUGCUGUAUGCGACCGCGGUCGGCUGGGUCAGCCUGUGGGAUCUGACCACUCAGCAGGAAGCGUUCUCGAACAACGAACAUCCGGAGGUGAUCCAGUCGCUCAGCUGGAAGCAGGACGGCCGGCUGUGCGUGACCAGCUGCAAGGACAAGAUGGUGCGCGUGCUGGACCCGCGCGCUAGCGCCCCGAUCACGCUCGCCGCCGAAAGCCACCAGAGCAUCAAGGACUCACGCGUGGUCUGGCUCGGCGAGCAGAACCGCAUCCUCAGCACCGGCUUCGAUGCGGCCCGACUCCGCCAGGUCAUAAUACGCGACCUGCGCAACUUCUCGGUGCCGGAGAAAACGCUCGAGCUCGACUGCUCGACCGGCAUCCUAAUGCCGCUGUACGAUCCCGACACGAACAUGCUGUUCCUGUCCGGCAAGGGUGACACGACGAUCAACUAUCUCGAGGUGACGGACAAGGACCCGUACCUGAUCGAGGGCAUCCGGCACUCGGGCGAACAGACCAAGGGCGCCUGUCUGGUGCCGAAGCGGGCGCUCAAGGUGAUGGAGGGCGAGGUGAACCGCAUCAUGCAGCUCACGUCCAACUCGGUCAUCCCGAUCAUGUACCAGGUGCCGCGUAAGACGUAUCGAGACUUUCACAACGAUCUCUACCCGGACACGAACGGCUACAAGAGUGAAAUGACUGCCACACAGUGGCUAAACGGUGCCAACACACCCGUGCCGAAGAUUAGCCUCGAUCCAGCGAAACGGGAACUUGGCGAUGCACCAAUCAUUGUCCUCCGCGGGCCACUGACUGAGGUGGUGAACAAUAUCGCGAACAAGAUGCGCAGUGCCCAGUCGCCGAACAACAUCUCGACCGCGGCGAAGAUCGAGCGCGAACCGUACGUGAAGCCGACGUUCGUGCCGAUCAAGGAAAAGAUCAAGCACAUGGAGCAGCAGUCGCACACGGAGAAGUGUGAGCUCGAGCAGCGCUUCAAGGAGAUAUCGGCGGUGCACAAGGAGCGGGACGAGGAGGGCAAUGGUACACCGCUGGCGGUCGAGAACAAUGGCAACGGCAAUCAUCAUCCGCACCAUCAUCUGCAGCAGCAGCGCGAAACGUCCUGCUCUUCAUUCGACUCGGAAACGGAUGGGGGGCGGGUGGCGGGCGAAACGACGCCGCCCAAGCCACUGCCGAGGACCUCGCGCAACAACUCCGUCUCGGAGCAGCUGGCCGGAACGGCCGGAUCGGUCGGCACCGGGGAGGACGUGAGCCCGCCUGGGCCGGUGGCCGCACCGGCGGGAGCGACCAACGUGCCGCGCCCAGUUGCCCGACCGCGCACCACCAGCGGAUACAAGCCACGCCUUGGACCGAAACCGUUCUGUAGCACCGGUUCGUCCGGGGACUUCUCGUUCGAGAAGGUGUUUAACGUGCCAGCCGUACCGGGUGCAGAACCGGGAAGCGACAAGGAAUCUGCCGCUCUGCCCGGCCCGACGGUCGGCGACAGCAGUGCGCCGGCUGAAAAGAACGGCAACACCUUAACCGUGUCGCCCGAACCGGACGAGCCGAAGGACGACAGUCCCACCGAGCCGGGGAAACCCGAGCCGGCCGAACCGAUGGACCAGUGCGACGUCGAGACGCGCACCAUACCGCAUGCCGAGCUGCGCAAGCCGGGUGAACAGGAAAAGAUAUUUGAACGUCAAGCUUCGUCGGAAUCGGUCGACCAGUUCGAUGCGACCGCGGACGACGCAAAGGGCCAGUUCGAGCGGCUGAGCGCCCAGCGCACCAGUCUCGCCGAACGGCGGCGCAUGUUCGAGAGCCGCUCGCAGAGCGUGCAGGACGGGGAGAAGGCAAGCUCGCCGACACCGCUCCGCCGCCGCGAAUCGCUGAAGGUGCGCGGCGAGCAGAAAUCGUGCGCGGACGACACCGACCUGAUGCCGCCGCCGCCGGCCACCGACUUUCUGCGCAACCGCAGCGACCUGUCGAAGGAAAACAUGCCGGACAUAGUGAAGCGCAGCAACAGCACGGCCGGCGUGUCGACGGUCGCGUCCAGCAACAACGCCGCCGCCGCCAACAACAACAACAACAACGUGGCGUCCAAGCGCACCUCGACCGUGUUCGGGCGCGUGUCCAAGUUCCGCCAUCUGAAGGGUACGCCCGGGCACAAGAGCACGCACAUCGAGAACAUACGCAACCUGAGCCGCCAGAUACCGGGCGAGUGCGACGGCUUUGCGGCAAAUGCGGCUCGGGUCGCGGUGCCGAUCGCGGGCGCCGGCGGCAAGAUUGCGGUGCUGGAGCUGAACGAUCCGGGACGCCUGCCGGACGGCGUCAUCCCGACGCUGGUCAACAUCCAGAACAUUAUGGACUUCCAGUGGGACCCGUUCGAUGCGUCCCGGCUGGCGGUGGCCUGCGAUGACGGCUCGGUCAAGCUGUGGCGCAUCCCGGCCGGCGGGCUGACCGAGCCCACGAACGAGCCGGACGCGGUGCUGGUGGCCCAUGCCGACAAGCUCUACACGCUCCGGUUCCACCCGCUCGCGCAGAACGUGCUGCUCACCGCGAGCGUCGACAUGGUGAUGAAGGUGUGGGAUCUCGGCACGAUGGAGGAAAAGUGCACCCUGCACGGUCACACUGACCAGAUCUUUUGCUUCUCGUGGAGCCCGUGCGGCCGGUACGGUGCGACCGUGUCGAAGGACGGGCGCAUUCGCGUGUACGAGCCGCGCCAGUCGAGCCAGCCGAUCGGCGAGGGCACCGGACCGGUCGGGACGCGCGGAGCCCGCGUCUUGUGGGCGCUCGAGGGUGACUACCUCGUGGUGACCGGCUUCGACAAAGUCUCCGAGCGGCAGAUCUACGUGUACAAAGUGACCGAUCUGAGCGCGCCGAUGGGCAUGGUCGGGCUGGACGUGUCGCCUGCCAUCCUGAUGCCGUACUACGACGAGGACAGCUCGACGCUGUUCGCCACCGGCAAGGGCGACAGCACGAUCUACUGCUUCGAAAUUACCGACGAGGCGCCGUUCAUUUGCCCACUUUCGCACCAUCGCUGCACUAAUCUGACCCAGGGCCUCAGCUUUCUCGCCAAGAACCAGUGCGACGUGGCGGCGGUUGAGUUUGCGCGGGCCCUUCGCCUCACGAACGGGACGGUCGAGCCGCUCAGCUUCACCGUGCCGCGCCUUAAGGUCGAACUGUUCCAGGACGAUCUGUUCCCGCCGACCCGGGUGCUGUGGCAGCCGACGCUGACCGCCGCCGAGUGGUUCGCCGGCCGGGACGUUGCGCCCGCCCGCAUCAGCAUGAAGCCGGACGGCAUGGAUACGCUGUCCUCGAUUCAGCCGACCGUUACGACCACACCGUCGAAGAAGAGCGACACCGUGCUGAUGACCCAGGGCAUACACAAACCGUUCGCCAAAGCGCCCGAACACGUGCAAGAGCAGAUUAAAAAUGCAGUCAGCGCACGCAUGUCCGUGAACAAGAAGCUCGAACAGGACAGCAUGGAAGGCGUAGACGAGAAGGAGUGGGAAGAAUAAAGAACACUGGAACAGAACUGACCGCAUGUACGAAGUGGUCGCCUGUUCUUUCUUCCUUCGACAGUCGCAACCGAUUAUUAAACCAGCACACGGGGACGGUGCUGAUGAUUUCUCCGCAAAACGGAAUCCUCAUAUUCAUUUCCAAUUUACAUUUAUCUACUUGAUCGUGUCCGACGAAGCCGAGAUGAACGCGGAGGGGGUGGAUGAAACUUUCCUUCAACUUCCACCCUGCAAUGUAAGGUCGAAUCUCGGCCGAGGAGAAAGAGAGCGAGAGACGAACAAAAGGCACACGCGUGCUACUACAUAUUUGCGCAACCGAGCAGUUGGCGCGUAGCUUAGUGAGUAUUAGUGAGGGCAUCCCGGUAUUAAAGUGUAGCGACACUACACUACAAGAUACAAAAACAACAGGAAAACAACAAAAAAAAAACAAAACGCAACCGGAGACUGAACACCACACAAACCAAACGUACGCGCAAACGCGCAAAAACCAUUCAGAGCUCAUUCCUUUGCCGCGCACGUGGUGGCGGUGGCCAAACGUACGAAAUAUGCAAAACAUUCGUUCGAGCGCUCCAGCAAACAGGCCCGAACAUCUGCCAAAUGCGCCAGUACGCCGAUAGACAACGUAACGUAAAGACCAAAAUCCUAUUUGUAUGUCAGUGUGUAUGUUUGUAUGUGAAUAUUGUGGGCUUACCAAAAGGGCAGGAAGCGCAGUGGCUGCUGUUGUAGAACCGUUUUAAGCACGAACCCUGCCGAACCUUUUUAUUAUUUGGCCGAAGGAAAAAAAGAAACAACACAAUCACACCGAUACAGCAACACUGCCCCUAUCCCCAAUGCAGAGUGGCACAGGGAAAACAAACAAAAAAACAUUUCGAUACCUAUAGGAUUUAUACGAUUUACACCGGUGCAAUAAGAUAGGGAAAGAAAGAGAGAGAGAGAGAGAAAGAGAGAGAGAGAGAAAGAGAGAGAGAGAGAGAGCGAGAGAGAGCGAGAGAGAGAGAGAGAGAGAGAGAGAGAGAGAGAGAGAGAGAGCAUUGCAUUCACUCAUUUCAUUUUCCCUUCAAGGACACGCUACUUGAUCUCGAUGGUGCCGCCAUUAGCGAAAGACAAGGAAAAGAAACCACGAAUGACAAUAUAUUUUGUAACUGCGCCUACUAUACCUAAAAAACCAAAAGCGUGAUCGUAAGGGCACGGUGAUGCGGCUUGCUGACUUUGAUGGGUCGAUGUUUUCGCGGCUCAUCGCUGGCCUUUCCCACUGCUUCUACCAUGCCGGAGCAGCCAGGCAUGAUCCGAUCAACGCUCUAACACUAAUUACCAAUUGUUUUUUUUUUUGUACCAACCAAGACAAAUGAGCAAUAUUGACAACCAAGCGCCCAGGGAGGUGGCCCCUUUCCUCUAGCCCCCACCGCUGUGUAUAGCGCUAACGUAUGUGUUGUUUUCUUUUUUUUUGCAUUUACCUUUCUCGAAAAAAUAGAACUACAGAGCGGGAUUACGAUUAGGGGUAGGGUGGCUCCGGUGCGGGGAAGCUUUUUGUGCUUAGUUAUUGCUUGCCGAAGGCCGGCUAGCUUUACCCGCCCCAUCGGGUUAAUUCAUUUGUGGGGAGGAGCAGGAGCAGAAGGGGAAGGAGGGGGAUGCCAGCAAACGGUCUCUCCUGCUUGCAUCUGAUAUCGCAUUCGAAUUAGAGGAGCAAAAACCUAAAAACGAUUUUGUAUUUAACCUAAAAUGGACGGAUAGAUGCUUUUUUACAAAUAAGUAAAGGCUAGUCAAGAAGGAAAUAUUGCGAGAAAGAGAGAAUGGGAGAAAAAUAAGGAGAAAGACAGUGAAAAAGGGAGAGAAAGAAUGAGGGAGCUUGAGUAAUGUGUGGAUAAAACAUAUGUGCAAACAACAUACGCGUCAAAAUGCUACAAUAGAUCAUUGUUAGUGAGACAACAGGCCAAAAACAGGGCAUUUAGACGGAAUGUCCAGGAAUGGAAGGUACCACGGCCGCAGGGAUGCUAGAAAAUGAAAAGAUACAGCAAAGGUAACAAGGAAAAAAAACCCAAUUGAAGGGUGUGAAGAGAGGGACGUGAAAGAAGCAAGGACAUCUCGAAUGUGAACAAACAGUGAAAAAAAAACACUAGAAACGCACAAAGGGUAGCAAUUAGGACGAAUGAACCAAAACCACAUUCAAACGUCAAAGAGAAACGCUUUACGCAAAGACUCGCCCUGAAAGCUUUCUUUUAUAAGUUUUUUGUUUCAUUCUUUUUACACUUCAAAAAUUCAAAAUUCUCGAAUCAUGUGUCUGUAUGUGUGUGUGUGUGUGUUUCUCGCCUACGCGAAACAAGAAGACCUGUACAUAUGAAACCAAUCUUUAUUUUUUGUUUACCCUGCCGCGCCAUUUGUGGUAUUUAAUAGGGCAUAGUUAGCUUCGUUUCUAUUUAUCAUCCAUUUGUAAUUGUAUUCGUGCUAAAAACACAAAACACAACAGUAUCGUGCUAAACCAUUGUGAUCAAUUCAAAGGCGAGAUCUUGCGAACUUUGCUGCGUGUCUCUUCGUACAGCAUAAACCAAUUGGGAGGGGGGAGGGGGCAUAAACUGAUGAGCGGAAGUGAAAAGCUGAACGGCGGUUGGAUUACGAAAAUCGUUAGCAAAAAUGGACAGGACAUAGUAGUAAGGGGAAUGCGAAUGCCAGAACAAAGAGCGUGCCAUUUUCAAUGCUUACGAUGAUCGAGGAGGGCAAGGGGAGGAGGUUAUUGGGGGUCCUGCAACUUUUUGGGCGGGGCAUCGAUUUCCGGGAUACACCGUACCAGUACGGGAUUGGUACAUUUUCCGAGCGGGAUGGGUUUAUUUGCAAUUAGUCUGUAGCCGAACUUCGAGUUUUCAUUAAGUUGUUUAAGUGUAUCGUUUUUUUUUUUAAUUCCUUAAUAUUUCUAAUCCUAGCUUUCUCCCCCAUCUACCCUACCCCUCAGACACACUAUCCAUGACGCAUUCCCUAAAAUAAAAUCACGCUGCUAUAUUCCCUCAUACGGUGCAGGAAAUUAUGACUGAGAGAUACAAAGAUAGAGAGAGAGAAAGAGAGAGAAAUUGAGAGAGAGAGAGAGAGAGAGAGAGAGAGUAAGAGAAAUAAAAACAGAUAAUAACAACAGAAAAGAUAGAUAAAGAGAUAAGAUAAACAAGCAUGAUAAUGUGCGGGAUGGCAAAAAGACACAAAAUUUUGGUGUGUGAUAAUCCAAAGACACGUAUGCCAUUACAAACC